AGCACCGUCCUCGCAUUUGCAAUCGCCAUCUUCGUCCCCAUCGGCAUCGGCGGCGGCGGCGGCUUCGGCGACGGUGGGGGGUUUAUCUCUAAGGUUUACUGAAGGAAAUCUCGAGAAAAUGUCGCUGGUGCGAACGACAGUCCUGAUGUGUUCUCCGCUCUCCACGCCGUCGGCGUCUUCUUCGAGCAACCGCGUCUCGGUGAAAUUCGCGGUUUCGCGCUGCUCUGUGGCGUCUCCGACUACUGUGGUGAAUGGAAACGUGGAUAAUAAGCCAUGGGAGAGGAAUGAAGUUCGGCUCGGGUUGCCGAGUAAAGGUCGAAUGGCUACGGACACUCUCGAUCUUCUCAAGGAUUGCCAAUUGGCUGUUAGACAAGUGAAUCCACGGCAGUACGUUGCGGAGAUUCCUCAGCUUUCUAAUCUGGAAGUUUGGUUUCAACGGCCAAAGGACAUUGUGAGAAAGUUAGUAUCCGGAGAUUUAGACCUUGGAAUUGUUGGGUUGGACACAGUAAUGGAAUAUGGGCAGGGAGAUGAAGAUCUGAUUCUCGUCCAUGAUUCUCUUGACUAUGGUGAAUGCCAUUUAUCUUUAGCAAUUCCCAAGUAUGGUAUAUUUGAGAAUGUAAAUUCGUUGAAGGACCUAGCACAGAUGCCACAAUGGACACCCGAGAGACCUCUAAGAGUUGCUACUGGAUUUACAUAUUUGGCUCCUAAAUUUAUGAAGCAAGGUGGCCUACGACAUGUCUCAUUUUCAACUGCCGAUGGAGCUCUGGAAGCGGCUCCUGCAAUGGGUAUAGCUGACGCCAUUGUGGACCUUGUGAGUAGCGGAACCACAUUGAGAGAAAAUAAUUUGAAAGAAAUUGACGGUGGAAUUAUCCUGGAAAGUCAGGCGGUUCUUGUUGCUAGCAGAAGAUCAUUGACUCAGCGAAAGGGUGUGCUCGACAUCACUCAUGAAAUGCUUGAAAGAUUGGAGGCACAUUUAAGGGCUGCCGGACAGUUCAAGGUAACUGCCAACAUGAGAGGAAAUAGUGCCGAGGAAGUUGCGCGCAGAGUGAUAAGCCAACCAUCCUUAUCUGGUCUGCAGGGACCAACCAUAAGCCCGGUAUUCACCAAGCGGGAUGGAAGAGUUGCCGCUGAUUACUAUGCAAUAGAUAUUUGUGUACCAAAGAAAGCACUAUACAAAUCUGUUCAGCAGCUUAGACAGAUUGGCGGCAGCGGAGUUCUGGUGUCACCUCUGACCUACAUCUUUGACGAGGAAACUCCUAGAUGGCGUCAGCUUCUUUCGAACUUGGGGCUUUGAUGGUACGCCCUCCUCGAUGGUUUUGUGUUUUUGUUAUGAUCUCAUGGUUUCUUGCAAUGUGGCUUGUUAUACAAAUUCUGUUUUCUCGAAGAAGAUUCAUGCCACUCUGCUGUUUGGAUGAGGGUUUAUGUUAUGUCUAGGCAGCAUUUUGGCAUUCGAGUAUAGUUUCGAACUCGGAAAAGAAUACUCGAGUAAGUGUUUAUUUAUUUUAUUAAAUAGUAAUAAUCUAUAUAUGUAUUA